GGAGAGGGAGGUUCCCUCAGGCGGCUCUCGCACUCUUUUCACGCAAAAAAAAGAAGACUGAAGUGGGGCUGAAACUGAAACAGGGCAACACUCGUAAAAGGAGUGCGGUCUCUUGCUCGCCUCCAUUCUUACAGUUUCCUGUUUAAGGAGGCCAUUUUGUAACGCAGCCCGGACAAGAGGCACAACAAAGUUUGGCAUGAUUUUGUUUGGGUUGUUUUUUCCACGGCCGAGACAUUCAGAGUCAAGUUUGGACUUUCUCCCCCGCGCAUCUACUUCUUGAGACGAGCGCGCCGAAGGUGGGCAAGGCGCGCGCGGGCACGCGUACGCGAGUCUCUCACUGGACAGUGCUCGUGCGUGUCAUGCCAGGACAAUAACAGCAGUCCGAAGGAGAGAGGACACGAAACAAGUGACCCAAAGGAAGAGAGAGGAAAAACACAACUUCCUGGAUAAGGGUUUCUUCCUUUAUCAAGUGGUUGGGGGUGGACACGGGACACCAGAGGACCCGGGACUGCUCCUGUGUCCGUGUGUGAGCCCCUUGUCUCCUCCACUGAGACAGUUUGAAUGAGCGUGGGGGAGUUUUCUGAAAAACGUAUUUUUUUUUGUGCAUGUUAAGAGCUUUGGGCAAAUAACAAACACAACUCUCGAAUGGCGAACGCGAGCCCCUGUAUGUCCUCGGGGGCCAUUGCCCAGGUGUUCUUUCCUCCCGGGGGCCCCUCGCCGACGGGCUCCGCUGUGAUGCAGCCGGGGACCCCCAUAUCCAUGCCCGCUCAGGGGUUUUUCCCCAUGAUGGACCUGACGCCUGUGCAGGGUCCCGCGGGGGCCGUGGUCCCCCAACAGCCCCCGACCCCAGCCGGGGUGUCCUUCAUCAUCCAGAUCGGCCUGACCAGAGAAUCUGUCCUGAUGCCCCUGAGUGCCGACCUGGCCUACGUGAAACAAAUGGCCUGCUCCAUUGUUGACACCAAGUUUCCCGAGUGUGGCUUCUAUGGCAUCUACGACAAGAUUUUGCUCUUUAAGCAUGACACGACCACCAACAACAUCCUGCAGCUGGUUAACGGGGCCAGUGAUAUUCAGGAGGGAGACCUAGUGGAGGUGGUGCUCUCUGCGGCAGCCACGUUUGAAGAUUUCCAGAUUCGGCCGCAUGCCCUCAACGUGCACUCGUACCGGGCCCCAGCCUUCUGUGACCACUGUGGAGAGAUGCUGUUUGGGCUGGUCAGACAGGGGCUCAAGUGUGACGGCUGUGGACUUAACUACCACAAGCGCUGCGCAUUCAGCAUCCCAAACAACUGCAGCGGAGCUCGCAAGCGGCGUCUGUCCACGACCUCCCUGAGCAGCAGCCAGUCCCUGCGUCUCUCCACCACCGAGUCGGUGUACAGCUUGGGGACGGCCUCCAGCUGCGCCGAGGACGCCGGCCUCAUCCGCUCACACACACAAAUGCCACGGACGCCGAGUGAUGCCCGGCGCUUCUACACGGGCCGACCAGUUCAUUUAGACAAGAUCCUGAUGAGCAAAGUCAAGGUGCCGCACACGUUCGCUGUCCACUCGUACACGCGGCCGACGGUGUGUCAGUAUUGCAAGAGGCUUCUCCGAGGGCUGUUCAGGCAGGGCCUACAGUGCAAAGACUGCAAGUUUAACUGCCAUAAACGCUGUGUGUACAAGGUUCCUAACGACUGCCUCGGGGAGACCAUUGGAGAAAACAGAAGUAGCUGCGACAUGUUGAGUCCCAGUGCGGACCCCGAGGUGCCCAUGGACUACAGCAGUGAGUAUGACGCCUCAGACAAGUCGUCAAUAGACGACUCCGAUGAGGCCUGCAGCAUCCCCGGGUCCUUUUCUCCCGACAACAACCAGGACGGAGCCAGCGGAGACCAAAGUGUUUACAUCCCUCUGAUGAGGGUGGUGCAGUCGGUGAGACAGACAACCCGUCGAUCCAGUACGGCUAUCAAGGAAGGAUGGAUGGUUCACUACAGCAACAAGGACACCCUGAGAAAGAGGCACUUUUGGCGUCUGGACUGUAAGUGCAUCAUCCUUUUCCAGAACAACACCACCAACAAAUACUACAAGGAGAUCCCUCUCUCCGAGAUCCUGGAGGUGCGUCCCGCUGGCAACUUCUCUCUCGUGCCCACGGGAACAAAUCCUCACUGCUUUGAGCUCAUCACUGGCACCAUGUGCUACUUUGUAGGGGAAGACCCCAACGCCCUCCCCAUUCUGUCCUCUAGCAACCCCCAGACCCUCCCUCCAAACCCUCCCUCCCCGAGCCAAGUAGCGCCCAACAGCGGCAUCGGGCGCGAGGUGGCCAAGGCUUGGGAGAGCGUCGUUCGCCAGGCUCUCAUGCCAGUCAUCUUUCAGGACGCUCCACCAGCUGAGGGCAACACAACUCACAGACAAGCUUCUAUCAGCAUAUCCGUGUCCAACAGUCAAAUCCAAGAAAACGUGGACAUUGGAACAGUGUACCAGAUCUUUGCUGAUGAAGUGCUUGGAUCUGGACAAUUUGGAGUAGUGUAUGGAGGGAAGCACAGGAAGUCAGGCAGGGAUGUGGCUGUCAAAGUCAUUGACAAGCUUCGCUUUCCCACCAAGCAGGAGAGCCAGCUGAGGAACGAGGUGGCCAUACUGCAGAGUUUACGUCACCUGGGCAUUGUGAACCUGGAAUGUAUGUUUGAGACGCCAGAGAAGGUGUUUGUGGUGAUGGAGAAGCUGCACGGGGACAUGCUGGAGAUGAUCCUCUCCAGUGAGAAAGGCCGAUUGCCCGAGAGGCUCACUAAGUUCCUCAUCACGCAGAUUCUUGCAGCUCUGAGACAUCUACACUUUAAGAACAUCGUUCACUGUGAUCUGAAACCCGAAAAUGUGCUGCUGGCCUCUGCUGAUCCCUUCCCACAGGUGAAGUUGUGCGACUUUGGUUUCGCUCGCAUUAUCGGCGAAAAGUCUUUCCGGCGAUCCGUGGUGGGAACUCCGGCCUACUUGGCCCCGGAGGUUCUGCUGAACCAGGGCUACAACCGCUCGCUGGACAUGUGGUCGGUGGGCGUGAUUAUGUAUGUCAGCCUGAGCGGGACGUUCCCCUUUAAUGAGGACGAAGAAAUCAAUGACCAGAUCCACAACGCGGCCUUCAUGUACCCUCCCAACCCCUGGAAACAGAUCUCCCCCGAUGCAACCGACUUGAUCAACAACCUGCUGCAAGUUAAGAUGAGGAAACGCUACAGUGUGGACAAGAGUCUCAGCCACGUGUACUUACAGGACUACCAGACGUGGUUGGAUCUGCGGGAGCUGGAGACCAAACUCGGCGGGCGUUACCUCACCCACGAGAGCGAUGACAGCCGCUGGCAGAUGUUUGCCUGUCAGCACACUCUGCCCUACCCCGCUCACCUCGUCCCCCCGCCCCCGGCCCCCGCCUCCGACGAUGAAGCGGAUGCAGAUGUGCAAGGCCUCACUGAAAGAGUCAGCAUCCUCUGACGAGAGAGAGAGACAGACGGAGGACUCCAGCGUAUUUAGGAAGAAAGAAGUAGGGGGCGGGCGGACAGGGGAGGUGGACUUGGAGAGACAAGUUUGAUGGUCUUAAUAAAAAAUAGUGUCUAGCGUUGAAGACUUUUUUACAGCAAGGAAUCCAAUGCAUCUCUUCAGGCAAGAACUUUAUUUGCCUGUGCUGUUAUUGGUUGUCCCUAGUACCUUUUGAAUUGUUGGACAUUUUUAUGACUCCUCGUUUGUAUUUCACAUCCUCUGUGCGGCCGACCCGUGGAGUUUUUACAGAUGACAUUAGAGUCAAACUUGGAAUCACAAUAUCUCAGAAAAAGGACAAGCAGCAUGUUCUUUUCCUCCAAGUGUGAGAUGCUUGAAACUAAUUGAAGCAGGAAAUGUUCCUUCACUGCAGGCAUUAAACUAGUGGCGUGGGUGUGUGCAUUGCAUUGAGGUGUUUUUAUAAAAAGAAGAAUCUUCAAAGAAAUAUUCAAAAUGAAACUGCUUCCCAUUAAAAGAGAAGUACCAUUUGGUUCUGGUGUCAUUUAAUUGGACUGACAGGAAUUAAAGUCUAUUUAAUGUCAGUAAAAAAAGGGUUAAAUCUCUUUCCGCUGACAAAAGACUUCCGUGCUGGUGAUCACUAAUGUGCAGGCAUUAAGUCAAACCCAUAUGAAUUCACAAUUGCAUCCCCAUAAUUGAAUGUCCUGCUGUGAAAACUGAAGAUAUUGAUCUUGUGUCAGCUAAUCUUCCGGUAAUUACCACGGGUUGUGAACAAUAACAGACUUUUAGAAAAAACGCGGAUGAUUGAACGGUGUGGAGCCGUCCUUUACCUGAGUGGCCCGCUAGCGCCGAACAACUGUGUAUUUAAAUGUUGAAUAAUAUGUCCUCCGAUUUGCGUGUACAAAAGAUUCAAAUACUGCCAAUGAAGGAAACAUUUUUACACCUGAGCAGGUAGGAUGCUUUUUUACUGUUGUAAAGAGCAGAUGUGCAUAAACCUGGAUUACUAAACUAGAUUUUGUAGAGUGUUGGUAGUAUGUUGCAUGUCUGCAUAUCUAUAUACAAUUGAAAACGUACUGUAGUCUUUUAUGCCCAUGUGUAACCUGUAGCUUAUCUAGUCAAAUGUGAGUAGACUGUAUAACAAGAUAUUCAAGAUAAUCCUCGCCUUUGUAACAUAAUACAAAACUGUUUUUGUUUUUUUGUCUAGGAUGUUUAUGUAUUCAUCCGUCCUUAACUGUCGUCUAGGAAAAAGAAGCUGUCAUGGAUGUGUGAUUAUAAUUCAGCAAUAUGUUUAAGAAAGAAGGACAAGAAAAGAUCUUAUUCAGAAAUAAAAUACAAUGCUAGUCUGA